AUGUCAAUAAAAAAAGAAGAAAAUGGAUCAAUGCGUUUACGAUGGCCUAUUGAAGAUAUAGUAGCUUUUGCAAAACGUUAUGCUAUUACUCAUGGUCUUCUUUGUCUUAUUCCUGAUAAUUUAGAUCAAGCAACUAUUGUUCCAUUUUCUCUAUAUCCAAGUCCAUAUUCUUAUUCACAUUUUAAAUUUAUUUGGUCAAUUCAAACAGCUUAUAAUCGUCUUUAUAAUCGUAUAUCUCUUGAUGAUGAAAUUCUUGAAAAAGCGUUAUCACCAGUUAUCCCACUUGAUGAUUUUGUUGAACGACUUUGGAAACUUCAUCGUAAUUGUAAAAGACGACAAUCUAUUCAAUUAGAUAUUUAUCGAAAUGAUUAUAUGCUCGAUACAAAAGUUGAUAAAAUGCGUCAAAUUGAAUUUAAUACUAUUAGUUCUGCAUUUGCUGGUUUAACUGGUAUUGUUGCUGAUUUACAUAAAGCUAUUUUACAUUAUGGUAUUGAAAAUUGUCAUGUUCGUGAAUUAAAAUUAGAUGAAAAAUAUGAAAAAUCAUCAACAAUUGAUUUAAUACUUCCAAAUGAAGCAUUAAAAAAAUCUGCUGAAGCAAUGAUUAAAGCAUUUGAACUUUAUAAUAAUGAAAAUGCUUGUAUAUUAUUUAUUAUUGUACCAAAUGAACGUAAUGUAUGUGAUCAAAAUGCAUUAAUUGAUGAAAUACAAAAAUUAAAACCAAAUAUUCAUUUUCAUUUAAAAACAUUUGAACAAUUAACAAAUGAACUUUUAUAUGAUGAAAAAACAUUUAAUAUUUAUUUAAAAUCAUCUUAUGAUGAAAUAGCUAUUGUUUAUUAUCGUGCUGGUUAUAUACCAGAUCAUUAUAUUAAUGAAAAAUGUUGGUUAAUACGUGAAUAUAUUGAACAAUCACGUGCUAUUAAAUGUCCAACAAUUCGAUCACAAUUAGCAGGUUGUAAAAUUGUUCAAGCAUAUUUAACAAAUGAAAAUAUUAUUGAAAAAUAUAUAAAUAAUAAAAAUUUAUCAAAAAAUAUACGUUCAACAUUUGCAUCAAUGUUUGCAUUUGAUAAUAAUCAAACACGAGAAAAAUAUAUUAAUUUAUUACGUCAAAAUCCAAAUGGUUAUGUUCUUAAACCAAAUCGUGAAGGUGGUGGAAAUAAUAAAUAUGAUGAUGAAAUAUUAAAAUUAAUUGAAAAUAAAGAAAAUCAUUUAAAUUCUUAUAUAGCUAUGGAAAAAAUUUUACCACCAAAAUGUACAACAUGUCUUAUUAAACCAAAUGGUAAACAUUUAUUACAUGUUGAAUGUAUUAAUGAAAUAGGAAUUUAUGGAACAAUGGUUACAAAUGUUGAUACAAAUGAAGAAUAUAUAAAUGAUGUAAUAGGAUAUUUAGUUCGAACAAAAACAACUGAUACAAAUGAAGGUGGUGUUGCAACUGGUUAUUCUGUUCUUGAUUGUCUUGAUGUUAGUCAAAAUAAUAAUGAACUAUCAAAAAUAUUUUCUCAAGAACUUUGA